AUGCUGCAUCAAGCUCGAUGGCUUAUGCUGAUUAUAGCUGCGCUAGCGCUGCAGUCGCGAGGAGAUGGUGGUAUACGGCUACCAGACCAACCACCCAGAGAAGAAACUGAAGGAAGAUCUUUAAAUUUUGGGGAUGACAAUGGACGAUCGCCACAAGCCUCCGGUCGCGGUCUACUAGACUGGAUAGGUCUUGGCGAGGAUCAAGAUCCGUACAUCCAACAAGCGACACAACAAUGUAUCAAUGGAGAUCUAGCUGAUUGCUUUAAAGCCCAGGCCUUAAGAUCCUUCGAUGAUUUCUUCGACAAACAGGCUUACAAGCUCUCGGAUAAUGCUAUGUUAGUGAAGGUUGAGUCACAAGCAAGAGCGCUUGCCCAUGAACCUCCAGAAUUGAGUUCCCAACCACGUAGCGAGGACUCCGAUUGGGAUGCGCUUGUUAAAUUUGGAAUGAGAAAAAUUGAAAGAUUUUUGAGAUCCACAGCAUUAGAGAUGCAUUUAGAUGACGAAGUCACAUCCAACGGUGUGAUUGCACCACGAUUCUUGGAUCAAAUCGCAGAUGAAGUAGACAUAAUAGAAGAUAAAAAAGCUUCUCCCUUCCGUCGCCAUAAGCUCAAGAAACUCAUUAUUCCUAUGCUGUUGAUCCUCAAGCUGUUCAAGUUGAAACUGCUUCUUUUCCUGCCCCUCAUUCUUGGUCUUGCAAGCUUCAAGAAGGUCCUUGGUUUUAUGGCUCUCAUUAUUCCUGGUGUUAUCGGUUACUUCAAGUUCUGCAAGCCCAACCUUACGUCGCCAUUCUCAUCGCACCACUACAGCGGUCCCCAAUACUCUCCAGCUGGAAUUGGCAUCAAUCAUGGACCAUACAGAGAAAGCUAUUCUCCUGCACACUAUAAUCAAUACGAAACAUAUCCUGCUGGCGGUCACAAAUACGGUUCCAAUGGCGUUGCUUUUAGAGAUCAUGAGCUAAGUGCCCAAGACCUGGCCUACCAGGGUUGGGAAUACAGGAAUAAAAAGCAAGGUGAAGAAAUCAAGGCCGAAGAAGCUUAA